UCAGAACUUCCGGUGGGUGACGUCAUCAGGCUCAAUGCGAAAAAUCUCACUGCCCGAGUUUCCCCCGCCGCCGCCGCUUGCCGUGACUUUCUAAACUCGCCUCUCGUGCCACGAACAAACCACCAGACACGCAACAACGAAACCGACGAUGCUCUCCACUUCGAUGUUCGAAGCCUCUCCUUGCCCUCCUCUCGACGUGACACGUGAACGCACGCGUCACACGAACCCCCUUGGAGCAGCGGGGGCGUGGACGUUGUAGGACCCGGCCCGCCAGUUGUUGAUCGCCCUUCAGUCGCACGGCGGCGGCGGCCCUCGAGUUCGCGAACGAAAUCCACCCGGCGAGGGGGAGAGAGGAUGAAUUACGUGGGGCAGCUGGCGGGGCAGGUGUUCGUGACGGUCAAGGAGCUUUACCGGGGCUUGAACCCAGCCACACUGAGUGGCUGCAUCGAUGUGAUCGUGGUGCGCCAGCCAGACGGCUCGUUGCUGUGCUCGCCUUUCCACGUGCGGUUUGGCAAGCUCGGCGUGCUACGCUCCAGGGAGAAAGUGGUGGACAUUGAGAUUAACGGGCGUCCCGUGAACUUGCACAUGAAACUCGGGGACAAUGGAGAGGCGUUUUUCGUCGAGGAGACUCAAAUGCAAGAGAACAUGGUGCCAGCUCGUCUCGUCACGUCCCCGAUCCCCUGUUCGGACCGGGACGAGGGUGAGGAUGAUUCCGACGACAUGGAGAUGGAGCCGAUCCUGGGAGACGAGGAUGAUGAAGACAUUGGCAAAGUCCGAGACUUGCCGGAGCUGCUGACCGGAGAGGCGGCGUCCUGCGCGAGCGUGCCGGUGCCGCUCCUAUCGCCGCCCUCGGCUUCCAAGAAACGGCGCAAGCGGCGGCGCAAGUCGAAGAUGGACACGGGCGGGGGCCGCAGGGAGUCGUCCACCACCGCCUCGCACGACGGCGACAUCUUUGCGAUGGAGAUGAACUCGGACGAGGAGGCAGCGGCCACCUCUCCUGCGCUCAGAAACAACUCCUUCCAAGUGAAUAGCGGCAUGGAGGCUGCGUUCUUCUCAGGUGUCCCAGUUCACCCGCAUUCCGACGGCGACUGGUCCCCACUGCAGAGCCCAUCCUCGCUGCGCCCCAUGUCACCCAAGAGCGACUCGGAGCUCGUGUCUAAGGGGUCGGAGAACGACCUCCUCCGCAACAUGCAGUGGUCCUGGGGGCAGCUGCCCGAGAGAGCGCAGCUGAUGAGCUUGGACAUGGAGGACGAUGAACCCCUUGUGGUCGACAUCAUCGCCCCGCGCGACACCACCCACUUCCGCGUCAUCUUCGAGCCGCCAAACUCCUCGGGCGACACCGACGACGACAUCUUCGCGCCACCGCCACGUGCCGAGCCUCCCGCCUUCCAUCCCUCCUCCUCGCCCGACGACGACGACCGCGAGGAGGACGACGGUGGCGGCGGCGGCGGCGGAGGCGGAGAUUACGGCGGCGGCGCGAUGUCGGCGGGCGAGGCGGAGGGGGACGCGUCGUGCUGGAACGUGCUGUGCUCGUCGCCGCCGCCGCAGCUCACCAGCCGGCCCACCGUGCGGCCCGAGACGCUGCUCAAGCCCAAGGCCUCGCCGCCGGGGCGGAGGGAGUGCGGCGACGGGCGUCCCCAGGAGCCGGCCACGGCACAGCCGGGCGGACGCACGGCAGAGAACGAAGCUGGCUUCAUGGCACUAUCGGACCCAGCCGGAUCGGUGGGGCCAGACGUGGCACCCGGCGAACACCCGGAAUUGGCGGCGCCGCUCCAGCCCGAGUCGAUGGACGCCAACGAGACCAAAGCCCUCUCCAAGGCCGAGUCGCCCGUCCGGAAAAAAGAGGUGGGAAAACGCAGCCAAUACCUGGGGCAGAGCGAUAUUUACCUGGAUGAGCUGUCGAGAUUGGAUCCAGUGGAAGCUGCCAUGUACUUUCCCAAGAGCGAGGGAGAGCCGUGCCCCCCAGGUCGACCUGGCGAGGUGGCCGCCGUGCCGGCCCGCUCGCCCUCCCACUCGCCGCAGUCGGUGGGCAGCGGUGCAGCCGACAGCGGCACGGAGUGCCUGUCGGACUCGGCCCAGGGAGACGCCUCCACAGUCGCCCUGUCGCUGUGCGGGGGUCUCGCCGAGUCCUGCAACAUCUCGCAGGAGAAGUUCGAGGCUCACAGGGUCUCCUUCCAGCAGUUCCUCGAGAACCCGGCUCUCAUCGACGACCUCAACCUCGUGGUGCUCAUUGGAAACAAGUAUUACAACUGGGCAGUGGCUGCACCGAUGCUCUUGUCCAUGCAGGCGUUCCACAAGCCCCUGCCAAAGCUGGCGGUGGAGGCCCUGAUGAAGGAGAAGAUGCCCAAGAAGAGCAACCGGUGGUGGUUCUCGUGGCGUCGCAGAGACAACUCGGCCAAGGCGGAAGGGAAGAGGGAGCAGCUGCAGCCGGAUAGCGGACUGAGCGGAGAGCAGUCGGGACAGUCUGACACGGGGAUCCGGCUGCAGGACGACGAGUCGUCAUCGUCGUCGAGUGAAGACGAGGAGCUGUGCCCGGUGCCGCGCGCCGUGCCGCUGCUGGAAAGGGAGCCUCACGUGACCGCGUUCCGCAAGUCCCUGCGCCUCUCCUCUGAGCAAAUUGCUCAGCUGCAGCUGAAGGAAGGCCCCAACACGGUGAGCUUCAGCGUCACCACGCAGUACCAGGGCACCUGCCGCUGCGAGGGAACCAUCUACCUGUGGAAUUGGAACGACAAGAUCAUCAUCUCCGACAUCGACGGCACCAUCACCAAGUCGGACGCGCUGGGGCAGAUCCUACCGACGCUCGGCAAAGACUGGACGCAGCAGGGAAUCGCCAAACUCUACCACGAAAUCCACAAGAACGGGUACAAGUUCCUGUACUGCUCUGCGCGCGCGAUCGGCAUGGCGGGAAUGACGCGCGGCUACCUCAACUGGGUGAAGGAGAAGGGCACGGAGCUGCCCCGCGGCCCGCUGCUGCUUGCGCCCAGCAGCCUGCUUCUCGCCUUCCACCGAGAGGUCAUCGAGAAGAAACCAGAGAAGUUCAAGAUCCAGUGUCUGGCGGACAUCAAGCACCUCUUCAGCCCGCACUCCGAACCGUUCUACGCCGCGUUCGGCAACAAGACCAACGACGUGUUCGCGUACAAGCAGGUGGGUGUUCCAGAGAACCACAUCUUCACCGUCAACCCAAAGGGGGAGCUCAUCCAGGAGCACAGCAAGGGCCACAAAUCCUCGUACACCCGCCUGGGCGAGCUGGUGGAGCACGUGUUCCCGCUCCGCCACCGCGAGUCCACCGCCGCUUUCCCGUGCGCCGAGCGCUACAGCGACUUCACCUUCUGGCGGGAGCCCAUUCACGAUUGCCUCCCGGAGUGCCCACCGCCCGAGGAACCGUGACGGCGGAACCCCAAAAACACCCCACCCCCUCCACCCCCCUCCCAACCAUGCGUGUACGUGAGCGGUGGGGGGGGGGGGGGGCAGCGCCGGCUUGUGAUGCCGCCAGCGAACUCUCGAGUCCGAUUCGCCAGCGGCUAAGAGCGGUGGCGAGCGAUAUCCGGACAGGUGUUCCCCCUCCCCCACGACCCCGGCCCUCCCCUAGGUCAACUCCGCCUUAAAAAUAAGCACCUGCUGCAUUGUUGAAAAACAUCGGCAAUGGGGAAAGGAAGGCGGCCGGGCCAUGGUGCUGGCUACACCGCCCCUUCCUGCGCCGUUCUGGCCUUAACAGGUGCUCGCUAACUGGUAAAGGCUAGGCGGGGGGCGGGGGUGGGGGACCUUUUGUCAGUCCGCUGCAGGGCCUCCCCCCACGCUCGCCCGGUAACAACAGUAAUUGAGCAAUACAGGUAACAGCAAAGCACAGGGUAACAUGGUAACAGCCAACAGACGCAAGCAAUGAGAACUCAAUCGAGUCGAGCGCGUCGCCGCUUGUUGUCGUUGCGGAGGUUUGCGGUUCGAAUCGAGCGGACCGCCCUGGUCGACGCUGCCGCGGUGUGCAUUACCCAUAUAAAUACUCUCGCACGCGCACGCCAGCUCCACCGCGGACAUUGCAAAGAUCCCGGGACGUUAGCGAGGGUAGGGCCUUCGUGUGCCCGCUUGAGGGUCCGAAUUUGGCAAUAUUUUUUUAUUACUUUCAAAGUUACCGAAUUGUGUAAAACCACAUUGCAACGUCGCCCGCUACUGGCCGACUAUACUCGCGUGUGAGAGGUAGCGCUACCCUCAUCGCCUUGCGCUAUUAGAAUGGUGAGAACAACUUUCCAUGACUAAUCGUUAAUGUACAGUGCAAACAAUACGAAUGAGUCCAAGAAAAUUUGACUUAAAAUCGUGACCCUGAAUCCUAAUAAUUUAGCAAACGGGAGGGGGGGGGGGAAAGGGAGGUGAAUCGAUGCUCACAAGGGGUGGAACAAUUCGUCGGACGCGUCGAUUCGUCGCGAUGAAUCCUUGGGUUUCGGGGUCACGGUUGAAGAGUCGAUUCUUCGGUGGCACCCAUGGUGGCUGGACGGUGUCCUGUGAAAUAAUUACAACAAAUGCGAAUUGAAAAAAAAAACAUCCUUUCGUAAGAACGCACGUGAUGACGAUUCAGUGCGGGCACCGCGAGUUUCAGAAUCGACAUUUAUCGAUGUUAACUUUGGCCUACGGCUAACUGCACCCACGUCGGAAAUGACACACUAAGACGGGGGGUGGGGAGGGAGGGGUCGGCAAUGAAAAUACUGUAACUAAAAAAGAGGCAAAAAAGGAGUCGAAUUCGGUACAAUUUCAAGAGCUGCUAUGCACUUGAAUUACGAGACGGUGAGUCCUCUUUGAAUAACGGUGUCACGAAGCAGGUUCUUGAAAAGAGCCGUAGGUUGCCGACCGCCUGCACUAAGGUCAUCGGCACAUCGCAGGGGCAGCAGCAGCAGCUUUGUGAUGCAGUCACUACUGACCCUCGACCUCACUGGAAAAUGUUGGCACGUAUGUGCCCACGUGUGCAAUGUAGGAGCUUUGUUUAGCUUUUAGUUUUAACGACUUUCGGAACGGGUCGCCGUUAAAGGCCGAGGCCGUUGCGGUUCGAUCGAAAUCGGCGCGUCAAGAUUUUCUCGUGCAGCUUGCCCUGCAGUGCCUCAUCUUUCUCAAGAGAGCGUGCGUUGUUUCGGACCAAAUGCGAGACGCGAGAGGGGGGGGGGGGACAGUUUGAGCACACGUAUGUUUGUCAUAAAGGGGACGCUGGAUGUAACGCUGCCGCUGCGUCGGGAUGUUACUUUGCGUUGGCAUCGAGGGCGUCGUAGGAUUUCUUCCACUCAUUGCCGUUUGUUAGUUUUUGUUUUUUUAAUAUAUAUGUAAAACUUUCUUUUGUUGGAGAGCGUCGUUCAUCGGCCAAAUGAGACGUCACGGUCGGUGACCUGCCGUUAUAUUUCAGUUGAUGCAUCGCCUUGUUUGUGUUGCCUCUUCUUCCAUGCCGAAAUACAUGAUACCACAUUUCGUCAUUUUCUGCGUGCGCCUGCGUGUGCGCCUGCGUGUGCGCCUGCGUGUGCGUGCGGCGGUGGGGAGUGGUGGUGGAGCGGUGAGCGUGUGGCACUACGAACCCGCAACCAGUGUUCGGUUCCCGCUCACGCCCAACACCGGUGAUGAUUAUUGGAACCGGUCCUGGGCCUCCCCUAGAUUGACUCGGCCUCAAAUGUGUACCUGGUGCGAUGUGUAAACAUUGCCACCAAGGAGACAAAGGCGGCCGGGCAUUGUGCUGGCCACCCACCCCCUCGUGUGUCGUGUCAACUUCAUAGGUGCUCGUUAACAGCACUUGUUCCAACAGUCUGUUAAGGCUAUAUGGGGGAAUUUGUGUAUUUAUCUUUCUACGUGUGUGAACCGUCUAAUUAUCAGUAUGCAAUUAACCACUGACUCGUCUAACAAUGGUUACCCCAAACCUGUGCCACGGUGCCAAUGACGUUCUACAAAUCCCGUCACAGACAACAACACAAGAUCCUCCAUUCGCCACUAAGUGGCGGUGACGUCACCACAGCGCUUGUGCCAGGCUACGUGCACGUUGAGGCCACGUGAAGUGUCGAACGCUCGCUGGCAGGAGGUCACGGGGCAGGCCCAGGUGCCACAGGUCGACUGACUGAGAUGACUGGCUGAUGCGCCACCUGUGCCCCCUACUGUGCCAAUUUGCUGUGCUUUAGCCACCCGGUGCUCGGCUCGUUGUUGUGAGUGUCGUUCCUCCACCCUCGGUUGUUGGAGGACGACUGCCUCCAACUGCCCAGUAGCGUCCUUCACGAGCCUCCUCAACAGAGGCCGAUCACAACAACCGCCAUUCACCCCUAAGUGGCGGUGACGUCACCACGAUGCUUGUGCCAGGCUACGUGCACCUUGAGGCCACGUGAAGUGUCGAACGCCCGCUCGCAGGGUCACGGGGCAGACCCAGAUGCCACAGGUCGACUGACCGAGACGACUGGCUGAUGCACCACCUGUGCCCCCUACUGUGCCAACUUGCUAACAACACAACUGACGCACCUUUUAUUUUUAAACACGGGAGAAAAGAGCGUAUUAGUGCGGAGAAUACGACUACUCUUCCUCUUUCAAUUAUUCCUGAGCCACAAGUGUGGCAUCUGACAUCGUUGUUUUCUCGGGCCUGAUCUGGUCCUUUCUCGAUUGAAUAACAUCUGUCUAACCUAAAUACACUGCGCUUAAGCUCUGCAAUAAGACCUUACACUGGACCUAAAUAUGUCUUCAUAUAUACACGCAAAUGUACAUACAUAGAACUUUAAAUGUGUAACGUACAAACAAAAAAGCCUUCGUGACGACGUGCGUUUGACCUUUGUAUUCCUAAAUACGUGGAUGGUUUGACUCUGUUGUGGUGCGGACUUUCUUAUCCACCUUUUACCCGUCAACUUCUGAGGUCACAUGGUAGCGUUCACUUGCGCGUUUCAUCGCAGCGAUGGUCAUCAAGUCCUUGCUUGUGUCGCGUUGUGUGCGAGUGUGCACGCUCCCCAGGUGUCUGCUACCCGACGCCACAUCGCUAACGGUUAAAUAAAUCUCCGUGCUCAAGACA